GGCAGCAUUGGUGGGGCUCUCGGUUUUGUUGCCUGUUAUCUCUCUGCUAUCAAUAAUUUACACAAGGACUAGGCGCAGCGCUAUGUAUUCAUUUGUGCGUCUUCUUGUCAGGGCCCCUUCUUACACUUCAGGGGUCAUUUAAUACUUGCUAUAAACUAAGAAAGCGAGAGGGAGACGCAGGCACAAAGCGAGAAGGUGAGCUCUCCAACAAAUAAAGCAAAAUUAAAAAAAAUACAGGAGGGGAUCAAUAAAAACUCCCAAGAAGAGUGAAAGCUGGAUUCGAUCAGGAGAUAAGGAGCAAGCUGCAUAGAGACAUUUGUGGAACUCGGUGGUCGCUCGUCAUGUUAGAGUUGCUCUUCGCUAUGGUUUGGUUUGCGGGACUCGUGUGCGGUCAGAAUGAGACGGAGCCGAUCGUACUGGAGGGGAAAUGCCUCGUGGUCUGUGACUCGAAUCCCACCUCGGAUCCUACGGGGACUGCGCUCGGGAUUUCUGUGCGAUCUGGCAGCGCCAAGGUGGCUUUCUCAGUCAUCAGGAGCACGAACCACGAGCCUUCAGAGAUGAGCAACAGGACCAUGAUCAUUUACUUUGACAAUAUACUAGUGAAUGUCGGCUCUAAUUUUGAUUCGGAGAGAAGCACCUUUAUAGCUCCAAGGAAAGGAAUUUACAGUUUUAACUUUCACGUGGUCAAAGUGUAUAACCGGCAAACGAUCCAGGUGAGCCUGAUGCUGAAUGGCUGGCCAUUAAUCUCGGCCUUUGCAGGAGAUCAGGAUGUGACAAGAGAAGCUGCCAGCAAUGGAGUGUUGACUCAGAUGGAAAAGGGGGACCGAGCCUAUCUUAAACUGGAACGAGGGAACCUAAUGGGAGGGUGGAAAUACUCGACUUUCUCUGGAUUCCUGGUGUUUCCACUCUAAGAGAAAACAUUGCAUUUUCCUGAACCCUAUACUGUCACAAGAGGGUUGAUAACUUUUUGUUUCCCCAACAGCGCAAGUGCAUCCCAGAGCUGCACAGAAAUUAAUAUUAAAGGGACAGUAUCCCAUUUGGUAUCCUGCAUUUAUUAAAAUGAAUUAAGAAUAACUCCAGCCUUAAAACUUAUUCAUGACAUUACACACUUGUUUAAUUCCCAGAUCACCACUUUCGAUGAGCCAAUGGAAAAACACACUGCAGUAUGAAUACGUUAAAUUAUCUUUUCUUUAACAAGACUAAUUAUAUUUAUUCCGUCGGCUUUGAUUUUGAAUAGUUUUGAAUUACAGUCUGGAUAGGCUGCCAAAUCGGAAAACUGACCGCUAAGUUUGACAGGGACAGUUCUAUUAAGGACUGGUUGCCAAAACGAUACUGUCUCUUUAACCAUGUAAGAAAGCAGAAAACAUGCUUAUCUAUGCCUGUAUAUGUCUGCCAUGCGGAAUCUUAGAGAUGGUUGCAGUCCAAAAAUGCAGCAUAUGUUUAUUUGCCUUUGUAUUUCUACAUCCUAUAGAUACAAUAUUUUCAAUUCUGUGACAGAUUAACAACCUAUAUAACCGAGCAUAAACUUUAAAAACGGAAUUAUGGUAACUUUGAUCUAGGCAAACAAGGACGGUUAGUUGUAUUUCAGUAUUUCAGUGUAUUCUGGGUUUAUUCUGUGGAGGCCGCUAAUCGUUCUGGUAGCAUAUCUAUCGUUUUUGUUCCAGUAUAAUGUGGCCAUAUUGAACAGCAGAAAUUAUGAAAAAAAUAGCACUGUAAUAUAUGUGUGAAUAUUUAUAAAAUUGAACUUUGCUUUAUUUCAAUAAAUUUUAAAUGUAACUUUUAUUUUUGUUAACCAGAAAUCAUGGUUGGAGACGCAUAUUUUAUUAUUCUUAUAUAACUGUGAGUUCGCACAGAAACUAGGCACAAAGGGCCGUGUUCUUUAAAAGUUGUUUCUAAAUAUCAGGUUAACAUUAGCCAUUGCAAAAAUACAUUUAGAAUAGCGGUUUGGCGGACGGAGCAAAGCAGGUAUUUACAAAAAAAAAUCGUCUUACAAAAGCUUUAGUUGAUGUAUUAUUGUCUAUGUUCGUGCUCCAGUGUUUAGUAAUUUAUGUGUUUAAUGAGUGGUAUAAUUCAAGUCACUGGCACUGCGUCUGCAUAACCUUCCCAUUGAUUGGCGCGUGCUUGUUCUGUAUGCUCGGUAAUCGGCAACACAGUUUGGCUCAGUGAUUGAAAUUUUUUGCAGCAGUACAUUUUAAAAAAAACUAACGGGUUCUUCUAAUGAAUAUGAACAAUUAGAUACAGACAUUGUUGUUUAAAUUUGCUAUUUUAAUAGAAAUCUCGUGGAACUUGUGCCUGCAGUUUAAGAUUUAAGCCCAUCUUGUUCUUAGUCACUUGAGGCAAUGAGAUGCUUGAGAAAUCGGCAGGUUAUCGUACUCACUUGCUUCAGGUGAUCUGUGCUUCCUUCAUGGAGAGCACUCUUCUAUUUAUCAAGGUGACAUUUGAAGCAUUAGACCUCAGGCAAGUAACGGUCCACUUGCAGCAUGAUGUGAAACUAGUUUCCUAUUGCAGGAUAUAGACUGGAUUUCAAGUUUUUUGUCAUCAAAUUAUUUAUAACUGACUUGAUUUUAUUUAGAAGAGCAGAAAAUCAAGAGAUUGGGUUGGUUCAGCAAUAGUUUAGAUUGUUUUCCUUGCAUAUCCCAAGUUAAUCAUUCUUUUGGCGGCACAAGAGACAGCAGAUACUGGAAUCUGGAGUAACACACAAUCUGCUGGAGGAACUCAGCGAGUCGAGCAGCAUCUGUAGGAGGAAAGAAGUUGUCGACGUUUCGGGUCGAAACUUCUUUCCUCCCACGGAUACUGCUCGACCCGCUCGGUUCCUCCAGCGGAUCGUUUGUUGUUUCCACUGGCAGCCCUGGCUUCAGCUGUUAAGGUCCUUAACUCUGGAGUUAUCUCCAUGAACCUUUUUGGUUUUCAAGACUCUUCCGAAAGCCUACCUCUGAUCAAAUCUUUGGUCGCCUUUCCUGUUAUCUUCUCCAGUGGUUCGAUGACACACUUUGUUAGAUUACGCUCCCCAAGAAGCGUCUUGGGACCUGAUAUUACGUUAAAACGUGCCACGCAAAUAUAACGUUGUUCUGGCAACAUUUAGCCGGAUGUGCGUUUAAAUUCCCAAUGUAUUUAUGCUGUUGAGAUUGCAAGCAGACUCUGUAAACUGUUUUGGAAGAAAUAUUCCAGACCCUGUAUAAUUGAACAAUCUGUCGCAAUUGAAAACGGCCUCACUCUGCAGGGUGCUUGUAUCAUCGCGUUCGGGCCAAAGUGUUUUUGAUGUAAAAUGUCCAAGUCUUGGAAAUUAGGAACAGGACUGGGAGCACCGGGCUUGGCUGCAGUUAAUCUAAGUAACUCCCAGUUCACUACAACAGCGAACUGCUUAAUUGGCUCAUGUGGGGAAAAUUAAUACUUAAUAAGCAAAGAUGCUUAUUGCAACUGCAUUAGUUUAAAAAAAACAGCGCGAUCGCUGCAUAAUCACCCCUUACAAGUUUAUGUAUUUUAAAUUAACACGUUUGUGCUUUGAAUUAAAUAUACAAGACAAUA